AUGCAGUCCUCUCCAAACAUGCUCACCAAGUUUGAGUCCAAAUCCUCUCGAGCCAAGGGCAUCGCAUUCCACCCAAACCGGCCAUGGAUUCUCGUCUCCCUUCACUCCUCCACCAUUCAACUGUGGGACUACCGCAUGGGAACCCUCAUUGACCGAUUCGAGGAACAUGACGGCCCCGUUCGAGGCAUCGAUUUCCACCCAACCCAACCCCUGUUUGUGUCCGGCGGUGACGACUACAAGAUCAAGGUCUGGAACUACCAGACCCGGAGGUGUCUGUUCACAUUGAACGGUCAUUUGGAUUAUGUGCGCACAGUGUUCUUCCACCCAGAGCUGCCAUGGAUUCUGUCCGCCUCCGAUGACCAGACUAUUAGAAUCUGGAACUGGCAGAACCGCUCCUUGAUUUGCACCAUGACCGGCCACAACCACUACGUUAUGUGUGCUCAGUUCCACCCUACUGAAGAUCUCAUUGCAUCCGCCUCCUUAGACCAGUCCGUUCGUAUUUGGGAUAUCUCCGGUCUGCGCAAGAAGCACUCGGCCCCGACCUCGGUUUCCUUCGAAGACCAAAUGGCUCGCGCCAACCCCAACCAAGCUGAUAUGUUCGGAAACACCGACGCCAUUGUGAAGUUUGUGCUGGAGGGACAUGACCGUGGUGUCAACUGGGUUUCAUUCCACCCCACACUGCCGCUGAUUGUGUCGGCUGGUGACGACCGAUUGAUCAAGCUGUGGCGCAUGAGUGAUACCAAGGCAUGGGAAGUCGACACCUGCCGUGGCCACUUCCAGAAUGCCUCCGCCUGUCUGUUCCACCCUCACCAAGACCUCAUCCUCUCCGUCGGCGAAGACAAGACCAUCCGCGUAUGGGAUCUUAACAAGCGCACUUCCGUCCAAUCCUUCAAGCGUGACCUCGAUCGAUUCUGGGUUAUCGCUGCCCACCCCAAAAUGAACCUGUUUGCCGCGGGCCAUGAUACCGGCGUGAUGGUGUUUAAGCUGGAGCGCGAGCGUCCCGCCUCCGCUGUCUACCAGAACCAGCUCUUCUACAUCACAAAGGAGAAGCACGUCAAGUCUUAUGACUUCGCCAAGAAUGUCGAGUCUCCUCCAAUGCUGUCCCUACGCAAACUCGGCUCUCCUUGGGUACCACCGCGCACUAUCUCCUACAACCCCGCUGAGCGUGCCAUUCUCGUCACCUCGCCCUCUGACGGCGGCACAUACGAGUUGAUCAACCUUCCUCGGGAUGCCACCGGAGCUGUCGAGCCCACCGAUGUCAAGCGCGGCCAGGCUACAUCCGCCGUCUUCGUCGCUCGCAACCGUUUUGCUGUCUUCAACCCCGCGAGCCAACAAGUCGACAUCAAGGACCUGAGCAACUCCACCACCAAGACCAUCAAGCCCCCGGCCGGCACCACAGACAUCUACUUCGGUGGUACUGGUUGUCUCUUGUUCAUCACUCCCACUACCGUGGCUUUGUUUGAUAUUCAGCAGAAGAAGCAGCUGGCUGAGGUUACUGUCAGCGGUGUCAAAUAUGUCGUUUGGUCCAACGACGGUCUCUACUGUGCCCUUCUUAGCAAGCACAAUGUCACGAUUGUGACCAAGACUCUGGAACAGGUCAGCACCCUGCACGAAACCAUCCGUAUCAAGAGUGCCACCUGGGAUGAUUCAGGUGUCCUCAUCUACUCCACCUUGAACCACGUCAAGUACUCCCUUCUCAACGGCGAUAAUGGAAUCAUUCGCACUCUUGAUCAGACUGUUUACCUUGUCCGUGUCAAGGGACGCAACGUCUACUGCCUUGACCGAAAUGCCCAACCUCGGACCCUCGAAAUUGACCCCACCGAGUACCGCUUCAAGCUGUCUCUCGUCAAGCGAAACUACGAUGAGAUGCUCCAGAUCAUUAAGACUUCAAGCCUGGUCGGUCAGAGUAUCAUUUCGUAUCUGCAGAAGAAGGGAUAUCCCGAGAUUGCCCUGCAGUUCGUUCAGGACCCACAGACUCGUUUCGACCUUGCCCUUGAGUGUGGUAACCUUGAGGUUGCUAUUGACAUGGCUCGUGAGCUGGAUCGCCCCCACUACUGGAGCCGACUCAGCGCCGAAGCUCUCUCCCACGGUAACCACCAGACUGUCGAGAUGACUUAUCAGAAGCAACGGAAUUUCGACAAGCUGUCCUUCCUCUACCUGACCACCGGUGACCAGGAGAAGCUUUCUCGUAUGGCUAAGAUCGCUGAGCACCGUGGUGACUUCACCUCCCGUUUCCAAAACUCCAUCUACCGUGGAGAUGUCGAGGACCGCAUUCAGAUGUUCAAGGAGGUUGACCAAUACCCUCUGGCCUACCUGGCCGCCAAGGCUAACGGCUUGACCGAGGAAGCUGAGUCCAUCCUUGAGGCCUGUGGUCUCACUGAGGACCAGAUCACGCUACCUUCGCUCGAGAGCUCUCUUCAGGUCCCUCGUCCCAUAGUCCCCACCUUCAAGUCCAACUGGCCCGUCAAGGCCGCUGGCCACUCCUCCUUUGAGAAGGCGCUGCUCGGUGAAGUCGGCGCUGCCGACGAAGAAGCUGGUGUCGAUGCCUUCGAGGCCGAGGAGGAGGAUGAGGAGGCCGUUCUGGCCAAGGAUACCCUAGAUGAUGAUGAGGAAGAUGCAUCUGGAUGGGACAUGGGUGAUGACAUUAAUGUGGAGGAGGAGGUCGACUUCGUCAAUGUUGAGAGCACCGAGGCUGGUGCGGGCAGUUCCGAGGCUGACAUCUGGGCUCGUAACUCCCCUCUGGCCGCUGACCACGUCGCUGCUGGCUCUUUCGAGACCGCGAUGCAACUCCUGAACCGACAGGUUGGUGCUGUGCAAUUUGCUCCCCUGAAGGAUCGUUUCCUCGAAAUCUUCAAGGCUUCCAAGACCUAUCUUCCUGCGAGUGUCGGUCUGCCACCUCUGGUCAACUACGUGCGCCGAACUACUGAGGAGACCGAUAUUCGCAAGGUCCUUCCCUUCAUUCCCCGAGAUCUGGAGACCAUUGCAAGUGUUGACCUCCAAGAGGGCUAUGCCGCGAUGCGCUCCAACAAGCUGGAGGAUGGUGUGAAGACCUUCAAGCGCAUCCUCCACAAUGUUCUCGUCAACACUGUCUCAUCCGAGGCUGAGGUUGAAGAGGCCAAGAAGAUCAUUUCCACCGCUCGCGAAUACGUUCUGGCCAUGUCCAUCGAGCUUGAGCGCCGAAAACUCUCCACAGACACCCCUGAGGGUCUCAAGCGCAGCUUGGAGCUGUCGGCAUACUUCACCAUUCCCAAGCUGGAGGUCGCUCACCGACAGCUGGCGCUUAUGGCCGCGAUGAAGCUUGCUUUUGCCAACAAGAACUACAACUCUGCUCUGGGCUUCGCCAGCCGGAUGCUGGCCAACGGAGGAUCGGCCAAGCUUCUGGAACAGGCCCGCAAGAUCAAGGCUCAAUGCGAGCGCAACCCCUCGGACCAGAUCGAAGUCGACUUCGACCCCUUCGCCGAGUUCGAUAUCUGUGCCGCAUCUUACACUCCUAUCUUCAGCGGCUCUCCUUUCGUGACGGACCCCUUCACCGGCGCCAAGUACCACGAACAGUACAAGGGCAGUGUCGACCGGAUAGCGGAUGUCACAGAGAUUGGCGCUCCGGCCAGUGGUCUGCGUUUGUUCGUGCCCAGCCAAUAUUGA